UCUGCGGGAUAGGAACUCAUUUUAUCAGCAAACAUGUUUCCAGACGGAUUAAUUUGGCAAGGGACCAAACUAGAGUUGCUGGCGAAAUGGAAGUGAAGGAUGCCAAUGCUGCUAUGCUCAGCAACUAUGAGGUGUACCAGCUCCUGACAGAUCUGAAGGAACAGAGAAAGGACAGCGGGAAGAACAAACACAGCGCUGGACAACAGAACCUCAACACCAUCAUGUAUGAGACGCUGAAGUACCUGUCCAAGACUCCGUGCAGCAGGCAGAACCCAGAGACUGUCAAGAACUUCCUUACCACCAUGGUGCCUCACAAACUCACCAAGGCUGAGAAGCUGCAGCUACUGAACCACAGACCAGAGACUGCUGUAGAGAUCCAACUGAUGGUAGAGGAGAGUGAGGAGCGGUUGUCAGAGGAGCAGAUUGAGGAGCUCAUUCAGAAGGUCACAGACGUCCUCCCAGGCGACCCAGAACAAGAAGGCUCCGCCCCCGGCAAUGAAGCAGAGAUGGAAGAGGGCAUUGACCAAUAGCCACGAGUUGUGACUGAGGGAGGGAGCCUGAGCUGAACAGGAGUUAAAACGGUAUAGAGAAAAUACUGGAAAUCCACUUUCAUGCUCAUUUGGGUGCUCUGGACUGGACAUGCAAGUAUGCAGAAUGGAAUACAGUCAGAUAUUACCAUUGACAGUAACAAGACUGUUCCCAUUUUUCUGUGCAUUACUAACCUACCUGUCUCCUUGGUUCAACUUCAGCUCUUACUCCUGUGUUUACAGCACUGUUUCUUAACUAGUGUGUUCUGGAAUCCACUUGCACUUACAGAAGAUAUGUUCCAGUUAGUGUUCUCCUGUGCUACAUGCUUUCAUAUAGUUAGCAGAUUACAACGGGCUAAUGUGAAGCUCCAUUAACCAUUACAGGUUAGGUACUGUUUGCGGCGUAUCACAGAAUUUCCGACCAACCUUAACUUGGCGACAUGGAAAACAACCAAUGUCUUCCUAAACGUCAAUGUCUAGUUGCAGGGGCUUUGUUAGAAUUUAGAAAAUGCUCUGUUAUUAAAUAAAUUAUUUGCUCCAUGAAGUAAUCCAAAAAUGUGUAUGCCGCCAUCUUGUCCAUUUCAAGUCUUCUCACUCAUUGAUCGAGACAGGUGAGUGCCAUCAUGACAUGCAGCACUUUGUGGUGGACACCUACCGCUCUCGAUCAAUGAGAAGAUUUAAAAUGGUCAAGAUGGCGACGUACACAUUGUUGGAUUACUUCAUGGAGCAGAACUUUUAUUUAAUUGAAUAACCGAUUUUCUAAAAUAAAUUAUUACAUUUACAUUUAAGUCAUUUAGCAGACGCUCUUAUCCAGAGCGACUUACAAAUUGGUGCAUUCACCAAAUUAUGAACUGAUGGUUCGAGGCCUGAAUGCUGAUUGGUUGAAAGCCUUUGUAUGAGACCAUAUACCAUGGGUAUGACAACGUUACAUUUUUACUGUUCUAAUUAGGUUGGUAACCAGUUUAUCAUAGCAAUAAGACACCUCGGGGGUUUAUGGUAUAUGGGCUGUAUCCAGGCACUCCGCGUUGCGCAUAAGAACAGCCCUUAGCUGUGGUAUAUUGGCCAUAUACCACACCCCCUCAUGCGUUAUUGCUUAAACGAACCCCUGCAACUAAACAUGGACAUUUAUAAGACAUUGUCUUCCAAGUUGGGAAUUUUAGACAUAUCGACAGUCUGGGUAAGGUUGGUUUAAAAUUCUCUGCUACACCAAACAGUAGCUAUCAGCCAGCUGGAACAGAGUAAUGGUCUGACGGGGCAAUAUUUGUAAUAACUAGCUUUCAUAGUACAGUGAAUGGAACAUAGCUAGACAGAAGCACAAGCCUGGUGUGUUCAGAGAGAAGAGUCAGGGAACACAGUUUUGACAGCACCCACCCUGUCCUCUACAGAGCACUGUUGCUUUCAGAUGCCAUAAAAUGGGGUGGAAGGUAGACUUGUUUUGUAUUUCGUUUGACAUACAAGUAUAUUUAUCCAAUGUAUGGUUUUCUUUGUAAAUCCAUUUGCCUAAUAAAAUCAAAGGCAUACAGUGUG